GACAAGGACGGUGCGGCGAGUGUAAAAGGCGGAGCUGACGGCUCUGUCGGUGGGCGUGGGGACACAGGUACAUCUGUGAAAAAUGGAACAAACCAAGGCGACGAGGACGCAGAUAAUGAUGAUGAUGAUUACAUCGAGGAGCCCGAGAUCGAUGGUGGCGCGGCCGUUGACGCGGCUGCUGAAAAGAAAAAUCUCGCGAUUUUGAUGGAUGCAUUUAACCCCGAGCAGUCGUCUCGAUACGAUUGUUUCAAGCGCACUAAACUGAACAAAUCUACCCUUCGAAAGAUUGUGAAUCAGACAUUAUCUCAAUCUGUUCCCCCUAAUGUCGUCACCACCAUUGGAGGUUAUACCAAAGUAUUUAUUGGGGAAAUUGUCGAAAAGGCGAGAACAAUUCAAGCUGAGUGGGCCGAGGCAUUUGAUGCAGGCGCUAUUGCCGACGCUGAAGCGGAAGAGGCAGCACAGCAUCGCAAACGGCAGGAACAAGCAGAUAAAGAGAAGGAAAAUAACAGUACUCAGACCUCAUUACAACCAGUCCACGGGGAUAGUUCUGGUACGUUGGCUGUGAAACCUGAGUCAUCUGAAAACGGGCCAGCUAGUAGUGCGAUGGAAGGCAUCCAGUCUGCGCCGCUACCGGCUUCAACGCCUCCUCAUACUCAUGUUACAACCCAGAGUACUGCCGCCACGGAGGGGGCUUCUCUUGAUAACUCAACGCUUGCCCCUAGGAAGUCAAUCAAGCUCCCGCCAAACCCUCAUCGUGGGCCACUUUUACCGUCACAUAUUCGUGAGGCAUUGCGACGAUAUAAACUCAGUGCACAGGGUGAUAAUGUUGGGUUUUCCGGCCUGAGUUUGAAAGGAUUUGGUGUAAAGGGGCCAUUUGCAUGGAGUGUCAGGGGAACCGGUGGGAGGAGGCUCUUUGGUUAA